UCUUUGAUACCUUUAUCAAAAGUUAGUUUUUUUUUGUAUUAUCAAGGGGUGAAAUACUUAACAUGGUUCUCUAAAGACCGUCGACGAGUGGGUUUUUUUUUUUGCGGAUAUACAGUUGGUUGGUUCCGUUCCUUAUUGAAUGUGAUAUGCAACUUCAACGAUUGUACCAUUGGUGCCCUAACACUCUUUAAAUGAUCAUGAAUUUCUCAAAAUGAGAAUGUUCAGUGUUCCCUUACCGUAACAACCUGGAUAGGUAGAUACCAUACCUUUUGUUCUACCGUAACAAGCAGGAUACCUGUUAUUCAAAAUGGCGGAGAAACGGGAAAUGAUAACCCUAACAGACAGGAACAGUUUAAAGAAGCACUUUGAAGUGGACUUCAGAAAUAAUGACGGUCCAUUACCAGAUUUAACAAAGGAUCAGCUUACUGUUCUACACACACUGAUGUUGUGUUCUGGUGAAUAUGUGGGAUGCAUUAACGACGCUACGAUAGGCAACAUUAACGUGUUGAAAACGAUUAAUGAAUUACAAAACAAAGGAUUUGUAGCUGUCACAACGACAUAUCGAUUCUUGUUUGGGAAUCGAAUACAAGUAUUGCUGAGACUACAUAAUGGCUAUUGUUGUAGUAUUUCUUUUGGCCAACAAUAUCAGUUGAUGAGAUACUAUGUAACAAAAUACCUGUACAAUGACAUGGAAAAAGACUUCUUUCUUAGUGUUGCAUCCGAUCGAUGUCUACAAUUAUAUGCUAACACGCACGUCCAUUCGUCAUCUGAACAAAAUUGUCCUAUAACCUUGAUGAGAUUGAUUGUAGAGAGGGAAGUCAAAGGAUUACAGCUUGAAGAUAUUCUUCCUCCUUACUGUGAGUCCUUAACGAAAACAAGGAACUUUGUUCUGGACUGGUGUCAGAAGGAGAAAAUAGAUCCUUUACCUUGGACUGACAAAGUACCCAAUGAGAGACUCAAAAGCUUCUAUUCUGCGAGUACAAUACGUCCACCCUCAGAUAAAGACACAAACUGCAAAAUUCCCAAAUACGCACAGAGUAUUUUAUUUUGUAUCUUGUUGGCAAGUGGUUACAGCAUUGCCCCCGAAAGCGACAACUGGAAUAGAAAAUUCGCAAAAAUAAGAGAGGAAUUUUGUAUGUCAGAAACACGAGCUGAACAUGAAGAUCUAGAGAUCAUCAAGGAAUUAGUUGGGAAAUUGGCUCUACUCACAAAGACUGGGCAUAGGAUUACUUUUAAGUCGGAAAAUAUCAAACAUGAAGUCAUGGCUGACUUCGUGAUUCACUGCCUCAGAACUGACAAGAACUACGAAUCAUACCUAAAGCUGACCUCAGAAGAUUCAGUAAUAGAAUACUGCACAUUUUGGGAAUAUCGCAACCUUACCAACGAAAGAUGCCUGUAUAUUCCAAAAUUCUUAGAAGAUUUGCUUAUGGAGAAAUUGAAAAUAUUAGCAGUACUUUACAACAAAAACAUUUGGUAUACUGGCAUUGACAAAGAGAAGAUAUCGAGAACAUAUGACAUUCCGCUCGCAGUAUUCGAUAUUGAUGACGUGGCAUUAUUGGCCAGAUUCGUCGAGUUUGUCAUACAAAAGGGAAUUGAUAGGGCGAAUCUGAAUAGCAUACUUUGUUCCAUUUUCAUUUUUCAUCAGACAGUCAGAAGUGAAGAUGAUUUUCACAAAGGAUCCCAUGAACAUUUCUCUGAUAAAUCCCGAGUGUUACCCUACAAUUUAUUGAGGAGAGUGAGACAGCUAUAUAUAUCGCCAAAGAACGAUCCAGAAUCACGUGAUACCGAUGUACUCAACCAGCAGAUGUACAUUGAUGGAGGCAUUCAGAACCUUUCCUUAUCUCCCAAAGAAUGGGCUAUACUAAUAUUCAUAUUGUUGGCAGAUGACUACCUUAUCACCAUAGACAGGUUAUCAGAGACAAAACAAAGAAGUAUGCAACAAGCGUUUCCACUGCUGCAAGAUGUUACACUUCUAUCUGAAAUAGAAUACAUGACACAACUAGGGAAAUAUGACAACGUUCUGACGAUAGAUAAAGACAAAGGAAUUAUCAGGUUUGCAUCAGACGAAAUCCGUCAUCAAGUGAUGAGCUACUUUGUCCUGAAUUGUCUUAAAACAGAUGAGGACUACAAGAACUAUAUCAGGCUGUCUUCAGUGGAUUCUUUGUUGGAGUAUGUACGUAGAUGGUGGCCCGAGAGGGUAGGAAAAGAACGGUGCUUAUAUUUAACAGGGACGUUGGAGGACGAUUUCAUAGAAAACUUGGGGAUAGAUGCUUUACGACACGUCAUGGUGGAGACCAGAGAUCAAUCAUACAUGAAGGAAUCCAUAUUUUCUAUGAGAAGUAUGGACCUUAAUAAAGUGAGAAAGAUCGUUCAAAAGAAAUUUAAAAUACCAUGGGAAAUCUUUGACUUGGACUACGAAGCACGGUGCAGAUACGUAGUAUGUGCCAAGAAAGGAACCCAAACCAUACACAGAGCUCGUGCAAUGAUAGUUGGAUGUGUAGGGGCCGGAAAAACAACUCUUCUGAAGCGACUGCAGAAGUGUAGUCAAGACGAAAUAACCAACGUCAAACCAACGCUCGGAUUAGAGAUUCACCAAGACAUCUUUGAAAUAACUGAUGAAGAAAACGUUUUGAAGGCUCUGCAGGAGGAAUCGAAGAAGGAAGGAAAACAACUACUGAGCAUUAUAGACUUUGCAGGCCAGUACGCUUAUGACGCCUAUUACGUCUGUCAUCAGGUGUAUAUGAUUAGAAGGGCCUUCUACCUGCUGGUGAUAGACAUGUCCAAACCUUUCAGUGAAAGAGUUGACCCGAAAUUGUGCAAACAAGAAAAAACCAUGUGUACUAACUGGACGUAUGGAGAAUACUUGGUGGUUUGGAUGAAGUCUAUCCACGCCUACAGUGAUAAUGAUACUCGGGUUAUUAUAGUUGGAACUCAUCUCGACAAAACCAAUGGACAGACAUCCGACACCCUGUACAACAAAGUAUUGGAACAUCUAGAAUUCAACGAGGAGCUCACAAAACACUUAGAUAGAAAGAGAUGUUAUGUUCUAGACUUUCAAACUAAGACAGGUCAAUAUGUGGAAUUAGAAAAAUGCAUUGUUUCUAUUACAAAAGAAAACCGAUGGAAGGAAGCAAUCCCUAAAGAUUGGGCGCUGUGAGAAAUUGUCCUUCGACAACAGAAAAGAAAUUAGAUGAUAAUGAUGCCAGUUUCAACAUUGAACCCGAUUUGUUUUUGCAAUAACGAAGAAAAGUAUUCACAAAUCCAGGAUGUGUUAAGAUAAAUUACAUACAUUUCAACCAAGUUAUUUCUCGCGAAAAAGCUAAAACCUUCUGUCUAGAGUCAGAAUUUGAUAAAAAUUGUUGGACUUUGAAACAAGAAAGGUCAAAAUGUCUUUUGGUACUGAAAUGUAUCCCUGUAGUUUUUUUUAUGGAUUAAAGGUCCUCGAUCAAAAUACCUUAUUUUAUUUCGGUAUGAUUACUUUGUAAUCUACUUUCAAUAGACAUUAAGAUUAUCAUAAACCUCAAUAGCCUGAUACAAAGAACAGGUACACAUGUCUGGCAAAUAUCCGGUUACAAUAGGGAAAUAGUUUCUUUUAGUGUUUUUGUAAAUACCUGAUACUUAUAUGUAACCAACAGUGUCGUGGCCUUUUCAAUGCUUUUAUCAAUGUCUUUACUGACCUUGUGUUUUCUUAGAUCCGACAAUUUAAGAAAGUAGGAUGUUGUUUGGUUUUCGUGCUUUUAUAUAUAUAUAAUGGUGACUAAUAGUAUCUUGAUUAAGGGAUUUUUCAAUAGGUUAGAUCCACAUUAGGUCAAUUGCAUCUUGUACAUGGAUGAAAUGAAGAAUAUCACCUAUUUAAUUAUAUAUAAAAAUUAAUACAAUAUUGUAUCUAAACCAAUUCGGUCGCAUUAAUUCUUCCGAAUAGCACGAUUCUUACAUGGACUGUUACUCCACGCAAAUGCACAGUAUGUUAUUUUAAGUGUACUAAACAAAAUGGAUAUCUGUGAAUAUAACAAAAAUAUGACUGUACAUAAAUGUGCUAUCAACAUUAUGAUUUAUGUGAAUACAAACAUGUUAACAAUGAAAUGAUCUAUACAUGUAUGUUCUGACAACAAUAUGAUAUAUAGUUGUAUGGUUGUAUGAAUGAAUAGAAAUGCUCUAAGCACCCGGUAAUAUCUGUAUACAAAUGUUUUAAUCAUAAACUGAUAAAUGUGUAUAAAAAUAUAACAUCUCUGUAUAUACGUAUAAAUGUUCGAAGCUUAAAUUGACAUGUGUGGGAUGAAUUUUAAGUAUACCAUCUGGAAGACGAAGUGACAGUAAGGUUUGUUCUUUAAUAUACAUGUACAAUGGUGAAUUAUUAUGCAUUUAAUUGUUUUUAUUUACGUAUCAUAAAACAAUUUUGAUCUUGAUCGCAUAUUAAAUCUAUUCAAAUAAAA